AUGGCUUACGCCGCCGCUUCGUCGCCUUCGACCGUAAAUGGCGACACUCAAGCGAGUUUAAAACUUACUGGCUCACUCUCCAAACCUCCAAAUCUACAUAAUGUCAUCACAUCUGUCCCUUCCGCCCCUACUCCAUCUUCCGCUCCGCCCUAUGCCUAUCCAUACACAACUACCCCGAACUCAUUGCGUCCCACAUAUAACUUCUCAAAUGCUUCCAGCCCUUCGGGCACCCCUUUGCAAACAGCCACCGACGCACUCCGUGGUCGAAUACAAUCGUUCCCUCUGAAUUUUCCCGCUCAUCUGGAGCUUGGAGAGUCAGCAAUGGCAGUGCCUGGGAACGCUAGUGCCUCCGGCUCGGGGGAUGCGGCUAGUCAGAUUCCCAACAAAGGCCCGGGAUUGAUGCGCAGAAUUUCUCGAGGAGCUGCCAGCAAGCUCACCCGGAGGCGACAGUCGGCCUCGCAUAACGACAAACGAGACCGCAGCUCCGGUCCCGUUAUCAUGCGCAGACGGAGCGAUAGCAAAACCGGACAAAACAGCUGGGAGAGUGCGCUAGAGUCCAGUAACGAAGAGGACAGCAAUGACGCUUUGGACUCCCUGGGAGUCUGGUGUGGCUCCGAAGCUUCUAGCUUGCAGAAUGAGAACUUCGUCACUACUUCCCGCAACGCUGGUGCGGUUGCGCCCAAGGUUGAUUCGGUUAUUCAACGGGGUACAGUCCUCACCAAGGUAACCAAAAAGCGACAGAAGCAGGUGCGCUUCUUCCUUGACCUCGACGCCGGCAAGGUCUACUGGGAUGUCUCCAACCCGGCGAAACGGUUCUAUAUCGAUGAUAUCAAGGAAAUCCGAGUGGGCGCUGAUGCUCGCAAUUACCGCGAGGAACACCAGGUCCCGCAGGAUCGUGAAAGCCGAUGGUUCACCAUCGUCAUCGCCGACGCAGAACGAUCGAAAGGACGGUCUGUAAAGACCCUACAUCUGAUUGCCCCCUCGGACUAUUAUCUUGAUCUUUGGACCACGACGCUCGAACACAUCUCACGCUACAGGAUCGGUCUUAUGGCUGGUCUUGCUGGCUCGGGCCAGAGUGAAGCGGUUUUGAAAGCCCACUGGCAGCGUGAGAUGGCGAGAUUGUUUCCCAAUGGUCUCAAGCAGGGUGAGCUGGAAAGCCUGGAUUUCGGAGCUGUUGAGAGCGUUUGUCGCAGUUUGCACAUCAAUUGCUCCAAAAAUAUGCUUCGCGCUCAGUUUUCUAAAGCGGACAAUAACAACAAGGGCAAGCUGUAUUUCUCGGAAUUUAGCGACUUUGUUGCUCGCUUGAAGGAGAGGAAAGAUGUCAAGGCGAUCUUCAAGGAGAGUGUUGUCGAUUCUGAGGGCUUCACCACCGAUGAGUUCCUGGCAUUUCUCCGCGAUGUGCAGAAUGAAGAUGUCGACUCGGACCGAAGCUACUGGAUAUCUAUCUUUGACCGGUUCGUGCGCAAGUCCAGGCCACGUGCCCCGAGUCUUCCGGAACAUGCAGACGGUGGAGUCUCUCGGAUGGGACUUGACGCUUUUACCUCGUUUCUCUCUUCUUCCUGGAAUGGGGUCUAUGCCUCUCGCCCCCCUCAGUCCCGUUUCGACCGUCCAUUGAAUGAAUAUUUCAUCUCCAGCUCACAUAACACGUAUCUUUUGGGACGUCAAGUAGCUGGUGCGUCCAGCACCGAGGCGUACAUCAGCGCCCUAUCCCAAGGUUGUCGCUGUGUGGAGAUUGAUUGCUGGGACGGAGCAGAUGGCCGACCCAUUGUCUCUCAUGGCCGGACCAUGACUACUAGCGUCUUGUUCGCCGAUUGCAUCACUGUCAUCAACCGAUAUGCAUUCAUCAGCACCGACUUCCCCCUCAUCCUUUCACUUGAAGUGCAUUGCAAUCCCGAGCAACAGCUGGCCAUGGUCAAGAUCAUGAAGGAAACCUUCAAAGACCAACUGGUGUUGGAACCGCUUCUUACGAACACGUUUGUCCUUCCGUCCCCCGAGGAGCUAAAGCGUCGCAUACUCGUGAAAGUCAAAACUUGCGAUGAAACCCAGGGUGAUAUGCGCCAAGAAUCUGCGAACUCCUUGAUCAGCGCCGGUCGUAAGCGCAGCUCGAGCUCCCCAUUCAUGCGCCCAGUGGUGCCUGAGUACCCGUCCGUUUCAACCCUUCCUCCUCUUUCUGGGUCUUCUACGGCUGGCCCGGAUAGUGUCGAUACAUUCAUGUCGCAAGACCGACGGUCUUUCACAACCACCAGCAUCAGCAGUGCCACCGAAGACAGUGAUGGCGCCUUGUCGUCGAUGAAAGCUGAACGGAAACGGCGUCAGAAGAGCAAAAUCACGAAGCCACUGUCGGACCUGGGAGUAUACACUCGAGGUUACAAAUGGCAUAGCUUCUCGUCCCCCGAAAGUCAGCGGUAUAACCAUGUGUACUCGUUUGCGGAACGUUCUUUCGAGAGCAUCUGCCGCGACGCCGAUAGCAAGGCCGUGUUUGAAAGACACAACCGAAAAUAUCUAGCAAGGGUAUAUCCUUCUGGCUUUCGUUUACGGUCUUCAAACUUCGAUCCCCUCAAGUUUUGGCGGCGCGGUGUGCAGAUGGCCGCCCUGAAUUGGCAGACCUACGAUGUCGGCAUGCAGAUGAACCAAGCCAUGUUCGCGGCGGGGACCGAUCGCACUGGUUACGUUCUCAAGCCCGAGUCCCUGCGCACCGUGAAUCCCCUAGGCGAAGAGAGAAAGAAGGGGACGGACCGAAAGCUCGUUCGGUUCUCGGUCGACGUCAUCUCUGCCCAACAACUGCCUCGCCCUCGCAGCAUUGGACCGGAUGAUAAUAUCAACCCGUAUGUGGAGAUUGAGAUGUUCAGUGCCGAUGAUCGUGGCCAGAGCUUAGUGGUUGGAGAGGGGGGCAUGAACGCUUCGGCGCGUAAUGGCAUGUCAGGCAUUGGUUAUCCACACCGUCGACGCACGAAGAUCGAGCAGAGCAAUGGAUAUAGCCCCAUUUUCAACGAUCGCUUUAAGCUCUCGCUGGAGACGAAAUAUCCAGACCUGGUGUUUGUCCGCUGGACGGUCUGGAGCUCGCUCGAUGGCCGCAGUGCGGGCAACAAUAGCAGCGUUCAGUUGGCCACCUUCACAGCCAAACUCACCAGUCUCUCUCAAGGCUACCGCUACCUGCCAUUAUAUGAUUCCGGUGGCGACCAAUAUCUCUUCUCGACCUUGUUCUGCAAGAUUACCAAGGAAGACCCGGUUUCGGUUCAACGAUUGGAUGCCGAGGAACUCCGUGCGGAACGAAUGGGUAUCCUUCGCCAGAUCGGUCAAACUGUGUUCAAGCGCUCUUCAUCCACUGAGCGAGACAGGGACGCCUGCUCCGACAAGGGCAGCGAGAUCCCCUUGAGUUCCGAGGACAACCAUUCUCCUACGUCUCCGAUGUUGACCCCGACGGUGUCCGCCGCGUCUACAUCGUCGUUGCCUCCUUAG